AUCUCAGACGGACUUGUUUUUGUUUUGCUUAAAAGAUUAAUAGUUCUUGUUGUUAGUUACCGGCGCCGCUAUAACCAAAUACUGGUUAGACAACUAAAACCAGAAAUACAGAAAUCAGUGCUAGUGCUCAACUUAAAUAUUAUCGGAUAUUUCUUAACUCUAUUGACGACGUAGAAGCUAAAAAAAUUGUGGAGUGAAAAAUUGUGAAAAGUGACCGAAAAAACUAUUAUUUGGCCAGCUAUAUUUCCACUUACAGCACAGCAGCAAUGAACAUGUACAACGGACAGGUGAACGCCUACGGAGGCGGCGGAGGUGGAGCUGGUGGCCUAGCCGGUGGUAUGGUGCCCAAUCGCAUGGGCGGCGGUGCUCCCGGCGGCGGACCCGGUGGAGCAGGCAUGUUCCAGCGCAACCGAUCCGCUCCAUACCCAGGUUUCAAUGGUCACGGACCCGCCAAUGGUGGACAGCGACGCAUGAACGGUGGUGGUCCUGGCAUGGGACCCGGAGGACCCCGCAAUCAGGAUGGAUUCGGUGGUCAGAACGGUGGCCAGCGCUCUUCCAAUCAUGGCGCCCACCUGCCCAAGAUAGUUUGGUCCGAGGUUAAUCUCACGCCAUUCCGCAAGAACUUUUACAAGCCGUGCGAUUCGGUGCUGGCCAGAACUGCCGGUGAAACAGAGACCUUCCUCACCAGCAAUGAGAUCACCAUUAAGGGCGAUCAGGUGCCCACACCCAGUAUUGAAUUCGAGGAGGGCGGCUUUCCCGACUACGUGAUGAACGAGAUCCGUAAGCAGGGUUUCGCCAAGCCAACGGCCAUUCAAGCCCAGGGUUGGCCCAUUGCUUUGAGUGGACGGGAUCUGGUGGGCGUGGCCCAGACCGGAUCGGGCAAGACCCUGGCCUAUGUUCUGCCGGCGGUGGUGCACAUCAAUAACCAGCCGCGCCUGGAGCGUGGAGAUGGACCCAUCGCCCUGGUGCUGGCACCCACUAGGGAGCUGGCCCAGCAGAUCCAGCAGGUGGCCAUCGAGUUUGGCAGCAAUACGCAUGUGCGCAACACUUGCAUCUUUGGCGGAGCCCCCAAGGGACAGCAGGCUAGGGAUUUGGAGCGCGGCGUGGAGAUUGUGAUUGCCACACCUGGUCGUCUGAUUGAUUUCCUUGAGCGAGGCACCACCUCCUUGAAGAGAUGCACCUAUCUGGUGCUGGACGAGGCCGAUCGUAUGUUGGACAUGGGCUUCGAGCCCCAGAUCAGAAAGAUCAUGCAGCAGAUCCGUCCGGACCGUCAGGUUCUGAUGUGGUCCGCAACCUGGCCCAAAGAGGUGCGCCAACUGGCCGAGGAGUUCCUUAAUAACUAUAUACAGGUGAACAUUGGUUCGCUUUCGCUUAGCGCCAACCACAACAUCCUGCAGAUCGUGGACGUGUGCGAUGAGAACGAGAAGCUAAUGAAGCUGAUUAAGCUGCUUACGGACAUCUCGGCGGAGAAUGAGACGAAGACCAUCAUUUUCGUGGAGACCAAGAAACGUGUGGACGAGAUCACUCGCAAUAUCUCACGCCAAGGCUGGCGCGCAUGUGCCAUUCACGGCGAUAAGUCGCAGCAGGAGCGCGACUUUGUGCUCUCGAGCUUCCGCAAUGGCCGGCACUCGAUACUGGUGGCCACCGAUGUGGCUGCCCGCGGACUCGCAAUUGUUGCCUGUGGAUCAAUCAGCAUCCCGUGGGGUUUCAUUCAUUAUUUUGUGAUUCGUCGUCGACGCCUUCCUGGUUCGUCUGGUCUCAGCGAUCCGUCAGCGAUGAAUCGGCCAACACCGCCCAGCCUCUUCGCUCUUCCUUCCGCUCUCUGUUUCCAGAACUUUUGGAGGUUUUUCGUUUCGGGUCUGUUCCGGAUUUCACAAGUUUUUCAGUCACGAUUUAAGCUGAAAGCGCACGAUUCCCAGGGGCUCAUAGAUGGAAUCCUCGCUUAUUUCAGUGUGUAAAUAUUCAUAGUUGGAUGCAGUUUUUUUGUUUGUAUUUAUUUGAUUUAAUUAAGUUGGGUAAAAAUAGUAACCUACAAUUUUGUUUUGCCAAAAGAGCUCUACCCAAGUUCUUCGCCUAGCUUUAUUUGAAAUUUACUGAAGUAUUUCUUAAAUAUUGAAAACAAUAUUCAUUUCACCUUAUGUGAAAAUGAAAAGUGUGGAUUUGCCAGGCGGGUAGCUAAGUUAAGGCGAAGUUAACUGAGCUUAAAGCUGGUUAUCCUCAAGUGAAGUUUGUAAUUUGGUAAACGUGAAAACCGGAAAGGACCGCUUGUAUUUUUUUUGAAUUGCAUGUUUGAAUCUCUUAACAGCCGAGAAAUUGCUAUUUAUUAUUUUCCAAUAAUUUUUCAAGUGGUUCGAUACCGAGUGGAUCACUAAGUCUAACUUGAACCCUUUAGUUUGCUGAAUGAUUCUACGAAUCCGAAGAAAAGGUGUGGGCUCAAAUAAUGAGGGGAAUGUGUUUGUUCUCCAUGCAUUGCUGGUUAUACGAUGUUGUUACUUUUAGUUCGUUUGUUGCUCUCUUGCUCAUAGUUUUUAGUUGUGUCUCGUCAAUCACAUUUUGAGUAACUUAAUUGUAAAAAGCAAUUUACUGUCAGUCAAGGAGUCAAUGGCCAGCAAAAUAAUCUAAAAAAAAACAGCAAAAUCCUAAGUAAAUAAUAGUCUCAGUGCACCAUAAAAAAUUAACCCUUAAUCCAAGGCGAUUAAACUGUGCCUUAAAACUAUGCAUAUCUCUUAAGUUUUUUUUUUUAGUUUAUAGAAAAAAUGUGAAGUAACUAAUGUGUUGAGUAAUUGCUACAUUUUGCGGCCCAAGAAUUUGUUGACUGAUGAUAAUUUUCUGUAGCUUAUUUAUGUAUCAUAAAGUACUUAAUAUACUAUAUUACGUCGCUCCUUACUCUAUGUAUAAUACCUAAAUUUGUGUGUGAACAAAAAUAUCAUCAGCACUUUAUGAAAUGGACUUCGAUUUUUCAAAUGGCAAAAAAAAGACAAAAAACAAAAAGCAAAAAAAAGAAAAGUUAAAAAAGUUAAAAAGUUAUAUACACAAAGCAGUUAAAGAGAAAAGCUAUAUAUACAAGUUGAGGGUUGAGUUAUAAGUUUCUAGCAUUGCGGAGAUCCGUGGGAUCUCCAUCAUCACGGCCCAGUUGCGAGGACAGGAUCUCCAGGGACAGGGAUUCUUGUUCGUAAGCCUAAUUCUAAUCCCAUAAUUUAACCCUAGAGCGCCGGGGUAAGUACUAGGCUAAUUUAUUUCUUCCUAAUCAUAGCAAUAUGUCCGCACCCUCGUUCCCUCCUUAACCAUCAACGUGUAUCUUGAUUUUAAACCAAAGCACCCCUCUAUAUCUAUCAUAAGCUUCGAUCAUUCAUUUACUUUAUAUAUAUAUCUCUUAUUUAUAAUGUUAAUUUUAAUCAAGCCGUCUCUUGUAUGCAUUAAGCUUAAACAUUUAUAUUACGAUUUGUGUAUUCAAAAAUGAUAUGAAAGUAUGAUGAGAAGAAAAGGUCGAGGUCCACAUUUCUGCAGUAUAAAAAAAACAUAUGUCUAUUUGCCAAAGAUAUAUAGUUAUUAAUAUACGCUAAUAGUAUUGAUGGCGAAAUUUUUGUUCAAAGUACAAAAAAAGAAAAAACAUACCAAAGAAAAAAUUGAAACCGAUCUACCACCUACCAACUACCAACCGACAAAAUCCAUUCGACAAUUCGAUCAAAAA